AUGUCUCCGACUGCGACAGCCGAGAAUGGAAAUGUAAGAAGUAGUCAUGAGGCAGCCGGCAGCAUCUUUGACAUCGGAAACUCCGAUUUUCUCAAGAUGUUAGAGAGACCUAGAACAAUAAAUGUGGAGAGGAAGAGGUCCUUUGAUGAAAGGUCAUUCAGUGAUUUGUCAAACAUUGAACACCUCGAGUAUAUGUCCUCGUCUGUUCUGAACACUAUUACGCCUAAGUCAUGCUAUGACUCGCAUCUCAUGGUUUCCGAUGCUUGGGAGACCUUGCGGCGCUCUGUCGUUCACUUUCGCGGCCAGCCGGUUGGGACUCUUGCUGCCGUCGACAGUUCUGUUGAACAACUUAACUAUGAUCAGGUAUUUGUGAGAGACUUUGUCCCGAGCGCACUGGCCUUUCUGAUGAACGGCGAAGAAGAAAUAGUGAAGAACUUUCUCUUGAAAACGCUUCGCCUCCAAUCAUGGGAGAAAAUAGUCGACGAGUUUAAGCUAGGAGCAGGGGUAAUGCCAGCCAGCUUCAAAGUAGAGCACGACCAAGUCAGAAACAAUGACACCAUCACUGCAGAUUUCGGCGAGAGCGCAAUAGGAAGAGUUGCUCCUGUUGAUUCAGGGUUCUGGUGGAUCAUAUUGCUUCGUGCUUACACAAAGUCUACCGGAGACUCUUCACUCGCCGAAUUGCCUGAAUGCCAAAACGGCAUUCGCCUCAUUCUCAGCCUCUGUCUAUCGGAAGGCUUCGAUACUUUCCCAACUCUGCUAUGUGCUGAUGGAUGCUGCAUGAUUGAUCGUAGAAUGGGUGUGUAUGGGUACCCCAUAGAAAUACAAGCAUUAUUCUUCAUGGCUUUGAGAUGUGCUUGCUUUCUUCUCAAGCAAGACGAUGUGGGUAAGGAAUUUGUAGAGAGGAUAACUGAUCGUCUCCAUGCUUUGAGUUUCCACAUGCGGAGCUAUUUCUGGCUGGACCUGAAGCAGCUCAAUGAUAUAUAUCGUUACAAAACGGAGGAGUAUUCUCACACAGCAGUGAACAAGUUCAAUGUGAUGCCCGAUUCGCUUCCGGAUUGGGUGUUCGAUUUCAUGCCGAGUCGUGGUGGAUACUUCAUCGGAAAUGUGAGCCCUGCGAGAAUGGAUUUCCGGUGGUUCUGUUUGGGAAAUUGUGUGGCGAUUCUGUCGUCUCUGGCAACUCCUGAGCAAUCUGCAGCCAUAAUGGACCUCAUUGAAGAACGUUGGGAUGAGCUGGUUGGAGAAAUGCCUUUGAAAAUUUGCUAUCCAACUAUUGAAGGCCAUGAGUAUCGAAUUGUCACUGGCUGUGACCCUAAGAACACCAAGUGGAGUUACCACAAUGGGGGCUCUUGGCCAGUGCUACUAUGGUUGUUAACAGCAGCGUGCAUAAAGACUGGACGUCCCCUAAUUGCAAGGCGUGCAAUCGAUCUGACUGAAAGCCGGUUAUCCAAAGAUCACUGGCCGGAGUAUUAUGACGGAAAGUCAGGGAGGUUCAUCGGAAAGCAGGCACGUAAGUUCCAAACGUGGUCUAUUGCAGGCUAUCUGGUGGCGAAGAUGAUGAUGGAUGACCCCUCUCAUUUGGGGAUGAUAUCACUAGAGGAAGAUAAGCAAAUGAAACCCCUUAUAAAACGAUCGGCUUCAUGGACAUCUUAG